GCCAGGCAUAAAUGAGCAUUUGUCACCAGGCUAUUCCAGAGUAUUUCUCACACACUGUGCCUUGGGCACGACAGAGUGUGAUGUUUAUCUUUUAUUACCUGCUGGAUCCCCCUGGAAAGAAUCUCUGUGGGAUUCAUCAUCCGCUGCUGUUUGUUGGCGGUCUACAUAUAAACGCACCCUGAAAGCCGUCGCUGAAGGGAGAGUGGUUACCGCAGCUGAUUUGCAUAAAAACGUGUUGAGAUGAAUGAUGAAGGGGACCUUCCACAGGAGGACACAUCAAAAGAUGAAGGUAAUGAGACUGAAGGCAGCCGGAUGAACAAGUUGAGAAGGACAAGAAAAAAGGUCACCAAACAGCAUCUUUGCUCAAUGGAUGGGGGCAAUUCCAGCGAGAGGUCCAGAAACCGAACAGCAGAUCUGAGCAAACCUGUCUCUGCUGACUCUUGUCCCUCCCACAAUGACAAAGAUGACCAGAACCAGAUGUCAAUUCGAAACCACUCACUUCUCAGUGCUGAGGCCAGUGUUCCUGAUGCUGAAUUCAACCCAAAUGCUGAUCACACCAGGGACAACGCUCAGACUUUGACACCGCCUCAACUUUCUUCUAGAAUGAAACACAUUAAACAAGAAAUGGCCAAGAAUCACCUCCAGUUUGUACGAUUUGAAGCAACAGACUUGCACGGUGUCUCCAGAUCUAAGAGCAUCCCUGCACAGUUCUUUCAAGAAAAAGUGAUCCACGGUGUUUUCAUGCCCCGUGGUUAUCUGGAAUUGAUGCCGAACCCUAAGGACAGUGAGGUGAAUCACAUAAGGGCCACGUGCUUCAAUAGUGACAUAGUCCUCAUGCCAGAGCUGUCAACCUUCAGAGUCUUGCCAUGGGCGGAGAGGACCGCGCGGGUGAUUUGUGACACCUUCACGGUAACCGGCGAGCCUCUGCCGACGUCCCCCAGGUACAUCGCCAAGAGGCAGCUUCGGCAGCUGCAGGACGCCGGCUACUCUCUGUUGUCUGCCUUCAUCUAUGACUUCUGCGUUUUUGCCGUGCCAGAAGUGAUCAAUUCAAAGACCAUAUCUUUUCCUGCCUCGACAUUGCUGAGUGACCACGACCAGCCCUUCAUGCUGGAGCUGGUUGAUGGUCUGUACCACACCGGGGCCAACGUGGAGAGCUUCUCCUCUUCUACCAGGCCUGGGCAGAUGGAGAUCAGUUUCCUCCCAGAAUUUGGCAUUAGCUCAGCGGAUAAUGCAUUCACCCUCAGAACAGGUGUCAGAGAAGUAGCCAGGAAAUAUAAUUACAUAGCGAGCCUUGUAAUUGAGACCGGGUUCUGCAAUUCAGGAAUUCUGUCUCAUAGUGUUUGGGAUAUGGGUGGGAAGACAAACAUGUUCUGCAGUGGUUCUGGGGUGGAGCAGCUCACCUUCACUGGGAAGAAGUGGUUGGCAGGCCUCCUGAAGCACUCUGCUGCUCUCAGCUGCCUGAUGGCCCCUGCGGUUAGCUGCCGCAAACGCUACUGCAAGGACAGCAGAGACCUAAAGGACAGUGUGCCCACAACGUGGGGGUACAACGACAACAGCUGUGCCUUGAACAUCAAGUGCCAUGGUGAAAAGGGCACCCAGAUAGAAAAUAAACUGGGUUCCGCCACUGCGAACCCUUACCUGGUAUUAGCCGCCACUGUGGCUGCUGGUUUGGACGGACUUCAGAGCGGUGAUGGUGCUGGGGCUGGUUCAGAUGAGAGCCAGGAUCUUUAUCAACCAGAACCUUCCGAGAUCCCUUUGAAGAUGGAAGAUGCCCUUGCAGCCCUGGAGCAAGAUGAAUGUCUGAAGCAGGCUCUGGGAGAGACCUUCAUACGCUAUUUUGUUGCCAUGAAGAAGUAUGAAUUGGAAAAUGAAGAAACAGAUGCAGAAGGAAAUAAAUUCCUGGAGUAUUUUAUAUAGGAGGGAACUGUCGG